AGCCACUCAACGUUCUUCGAGCAGAUAGUUAUAUGACUCGAGGAGAUACGUUUUUGAGACCUAGGCCCUCGUUUCUACAUUAACCCUACCGUGUUGUCAGUUCGCAUCUCAUCUUGCUUAGGCCCCCCCUGGUACCACCCGCUCCCCUGCAUUUUCGUUACACACGGAAACCCGCUGUUAGAGUCAUCUCCAUUGAGACACGCCUUUGCCGCCAAUCUUGAGGUUCCCGCCUAAGUAAACAGCCUUCACGGGCUGGUUGCGGGCACGCUUGCCGCACCAUGAAGUUCGGUAAGCAAAUCCAGAAGCGCCAGCUUGAAGUACCCGAAUAUGCUGCCAGCUUCGUAAACUAUAAGGCGCUCAAAAAACUCAUCAAGAAGCUCUCUGCUACCCCGACUUUGAGCGCCCAAAAUGACCUUCACUUUACUCCCACGCCGGUAGACACCCAAGUCGCUCUGCAGGCAAACAAAGCAAAGUUCUUCUUUCAACUGGAACGAGAAUUAGAGAAAGUAAACGCGUUCUACCUCCAGAAAGAAGCCGAACUUAAAAUUCGACUUCGAACUUUGCUUGACAAGAAAAGAGUACUGCAAUCUCGCCAAGGAGUCUCUAGACGCUCCGCCAAAUUCACGACAUUGGAGGAAGGGUUCCAACAAUUUGCCAAUGACCUGAAUAAGCUUCAGCAAUUUGUCGAAAUUAAUGGCACCGCUUUUUCCAAGAUUCUGAAGAAAUGGGAUAAGACUUCUAAGUCUAAGACCAAGGAGUUGUAUCUCUCCCGCGCUGUGGAGGUGCAACCAUUCUUCAAUGCUACCGUCAUCAGCGAACUCUCGGACCAGGCGACGACCAGCCUGCAAGAGCUUGGGGCCUGGGCAGAUGGAGAUCAUGUACCGUUUGAAGCUCGGUCGGAACAUAUGGUGAGUAGCCAACAUCUACUUGGAACGGACGAAGGCGACGUAGAUAGUCUGCUGCUCGAUACAGCAAUUACCGGAAACUUGGAAUCCUUAAGAGACCUCCUUACAAGGAUGCGAGCUGGGUCUAGUUCACCGUCAGGGAUGGAUGUCUCGCUGAUGGAAAGGGUGACACGCACGUUCCUCGCUGCUAUUCAUGAAGCGCCGCAAGCUUCCCUAGAAGUCUUACUAGCGACUGGGUUGGUCGACAUCCGAUCUGAGGAUGACAUCAACGAGCGGAACUGCCUUCAUCAGGCUACUAUAUAUGGAAACUCGUUUGUGUUGAACGUUGGUCUCUCGGAAGGUGUUGAGGUUAGCAGAACGGAUGUCUACGGGCGUGUACCGCUGCACUAUGCUAGUAUGCAUGGUCGGUUGGAUAUGCUUGAACUUCUCCUUCGAGCUGACCCAACGACGAUCGAUCUGAUUGACCACGACAACUUCACCCCUCUGAUCCACGCGAUUAUUCACGGGCACCUUACAUGCGUACAACGACUUCUCGCAACCUCGUCACGACUAGAUCCUGUAUCAGAGACAGACCAUAUUCCACUUAAUCUCGCUUGCGAGCAUGGAUCUCUUGAUACAGUCAAGCUACUUUUGGAGCAUGGCGCGCAAAUACUACCUGAUGCUGAAGGGUUGUAUCCUCAGCAUCUCGUAGCACGAUCUGGCCAAACACCACAGCUACUCCGCCUAUUGCAAGAAUAUGGUGCCGAUUUAGAUCAAAUCGAUAAACUCUACGGCUGGACCCCAUUAGUACACGCGGCUAGCGAGGGAAACGUACCUUGCUUGGAGGAGCUCCUUAACGUGGGGGUUGAUCCUAACAUCGUCGAUGAGAAAGACUUGCCUGCUAUGUACUACGCUGCAUGGGAAGGGCAUCUGGAGUGCAUGCAGAAGCUUACGCCGCAUCAAAAGGGGAAGACAGAAAGCCCGUUGAUGAUGCAUACAAGCAGUUCACUCUUAGCCCCCAUGGGAAGUGGGAAUACACCUAUUCCCAUGUCCCUUGACGCUGAUGCCAUCCCUAUCCUUGAAUUACCACCACCGAUAAUACCUCUACGGCGUUAUGGCCACAAUUUCUUGGACACGAAGGCCGUUGUCCAAAUCAGCUUUCAAGAAGAAGGCGAUCACCCAUUAGUGUUCUUUCAUGAUAGCAAAUAUCCUGCUGCACGAUUAACGAUCUCCUCCAAAUUAUCGGAUCUCAUUCCCAAAAACAUCAUGUUGCCUUUCCAAGAAGAUACACGGCUUGUCUCUUUUCAGGUCGAUAACCUUGAUACGUUUACCCUCGAUUUCGACGUUUUCCCUACUUAUGGUGCGAAGAUAAUAGCGAAGACGGUUGCUCUUCCGAAUACGUUCCGAGCUUCCUGGAAUAGUUCAGGAAAAUGCUGUCUUCCUUUAUUCGACCCUCGACUACGGGCCAUUGGCCAAAUUACUUUCAAUACUCAAGUAAUUAAACCUUUCCAAGGAACUCCACUAGAGAUUACGGACUUUGAGACUUACUGGAAGGCUACGAGUCAGCUCGAUCAAAAUCCAACCAUGUUUGUCACAGGCUCGAGUUUGUCGGGAGAUUUUCUUCAGCUAUACGUUCAACAUACUAGUGAUGGCAUCCCUGUGGUAUGGCCACAGUGGAUGAUCCAAUGUGGCGGCAUUGAUAUAUCAAUCUCACGAUUAUCUUAUGAGCAAUUCUCUACCGUCACGGCGUCCAAUCCUGGGAGAGCUCAGCUUCACCUGAUAUCUUCGCAAAAUAUCAGUAAUAUUGCCGACAUUCACCACGUCCUCAACACCGCGGGCGUGUCCCUAGAACAGGCACUCUCCCUGCUUCCCAAUUCGAUGCAUGUUGAUCUUCAGAUUAUCUACCCGUCAGAAGAGGAGGAGCGAAGUCUCGGCCUAGGGCCAACUAUGAACGUCAACAAUUUUGCAGAUGCCAUACUAACUAUAGUUUUCGACCACGCGAGGGAGCAACGGGCGCAGACAAUGUCCGCUCCUGAUACUGUUAGAUCGGUGGUUUUCAGCUCUUACAACCCCACGCUCUGUGCGACUUUGAAUUGGAAACAGCCCAAUUUCCCUGUAUUCCUUUGCAACGAUCUCGGACGGGAAGAGCCUAAUAUCGCCUCGGGUGUUAUUAGGAGUAGCGGACGGAGGACAUUCUCGGUUAAGGAGACCGUGAGGAUAGCGCAGAGCAACAAUUUUAUGGGGCUUGUUUGCUGCUCUCGACUAUUAGUGAGUUAUCUCCGACAUUUUGAUUUCCCCCGGAUCAUCGAAGGGUCUACAUGAGGGGCAAUGCUAACAUAAGUUUUUUGACAGAACAUGGUUCCGGCUCUCGUGGAUGCGAUAAAGUCGCACGGACUAGCAUUAGUGGUCGAUAAAUCGGCCGAAUACGUCACGGAACCGUAUCUGCAUGCCGACGCAUUCCCUAUUCCUAAGGGUGUUGAUGGAGUAUUAAAGGGCAACGGAGUUUUGAGGUUUAAUGAAUCUAUAGACGUAUAGGGGGGUUGCGG